AUGGUCCAUAUCUUUUGUAACUCAUUAAUUUUACAGAAAUUCAGCAGUGUAGUGUCAGCAUUGACAGUAUGGGGGCAGCACUGUGAUGCUGUGGUAGCUCGCCUUGGUGCUUGUCGGGGGUUGUUGCGCUUGCGUCGUGAUGAUCUCAAGAGACUCUGGGCUGAUGCUCGCACCCAUCACUAUGCCCUGCAGAUGCUUACUGACAUCGAGCGCGUGGUGGUGUCGGAGCGCGCGGCGCGCGAGGCGCUGGCGGCGGGGCGCGUGCUGGCGGCCGCGAGCACGCUGCACGCCGCGCUGCUCACCGCGCACUCCACGCUCUCGCACGUGCACGCGCUGCACGCCACCAGGCAACAUCUGCAGCUGAAAAAGCAGGAACUAGUAGACGUGAUAGUCCGACGUCUAAGCGACGCAGUAUACAGAGACGAACGAGCGCCAUUAACGAGGCGUGUGUCUGCAAGGAGGCGGACUGCGUUACUACUGGCUGAACUAACAAAGAGUGAAGAAGUAACGGACGCGUACUUGCAAGAAGUCACACCGGAGUUCGAGGCCUCUCUAUCGGAGGAGGAUAAGACCUUCGAGACCACCGUCAUGAUAUCCCUUGAGGCUCUUGGAGUAUUAGAACAACUUAAGGAAGCCACCGAGAAAUUCAAGGUCCAAAUUCAAAAUGAACUUCUAGAAGUAAUAGACUCCGUGUCUCGACGCAUUAUUGAAGAAGGAGAAGUGGAAGCGGACGCCGAUGUAGAAGAAGAAGGCGAGAUACCAGACAGUGAGGGUGUGACAGAGACAGGACGACCUUUAGCGAGACUAGUCACGAGUUUGAGCGAAGAAUUCCGAGCGUGCGCUACGAGGAACAAGAGAUUGCUACAACUAUGGAGGGCCUCGCUGCAGAAGUAUCACGUCCCUGACUCCUGUCUGCAUACUGAACAACAUUACUGGAGCGCUGUGCAACAAGUGCUACAACUCCUCCUAACGGAGUACUUAGAUAUCGAGAGCGUGAACCUCGCAGCGCAACGCUCAGUGAGCACUGCAGUAACUGAUACUACUGAAUUGAGACUCGCUGACUACUUCGCCAAGAAGAGGCCACAACGACGACGGCCUAAAUUGUUCAAAUUGUCUGGUCCGCCGGCGGUGUCCCCGGCGCUGUCGGCGCGGCGCCACAAGUACCCGCUGGUGUGUCGGCCGGAGCCCGCCCACCUGCACGCCGUGCUGCCCGCGCUGCAACCGCUCUGCGCAUACAUCGAGCCCCUCACCGGUGGCGGCGAGUGUUCGUUGCGCGCGUUCCUGUCGGACUACGUGCAGACGGGGGAGAGCGAGCGCCUGGCCCGCGUGGCGCGCGCCGCCAUCGACGACAUCAUGCGCGCGCCCGCCGUCUGGAGGGAGCGGGCCGCGCCGCCCGACACUGGCCUUAAGGCUGGGCCUCGGCACAGCAUGAUCUUCUCGUGCGCGGGCGCGGCGUGGCGCUGCGUGGCGGACACGGCGCGCGCGGCGCGGCGGUGCGCGGCGUGCGGGGGGGGCGCGGCGCUGCACGCGGCGCUGCGCGCCACCGCGGCGGCGGCCGCCGCACUGGCCGCGCACGCCCGCGCCGCGCACGCGCGCAUGUGUCCCGCCACCACCUCGCACGGGGUAUCGAGAGCUCAACGAUGGCUGGCUGAUGACGACAUAGUACGCUUCCUAAUGUCACUGAACAACUGGACCGCUGUUAUACAUCCAGACGCCAGGCUCAGUGCGGAAGAUCUAGAGCAGGCUUAUGAACGUGAAGCAGAAAUCUUAGGCUCAAGUCUUGGCGACGGGGCCGUCACUCGCAAAGAAAUUAUACCUGAUAUUAACACCCUCGCUGAUAUUGCGGUAUUGUGCGAAACUUUGGACUGGUUGAGCGCUAACAUCAAGAGUCUGCCAUCCAUGCUAGGUGGUCCAGGAGGACUGAACAAGCUUCCUGAAAAGUUCUUAAGCGAUAUCUCUGCUAACGUCAAGCAGUUAGACGAAAUGUCACAUAAAUGCUUGCUGUUCUUACAUUUGGAGCUCCGCAUCGAGUGCUUCCACUACCUGGGCCAGGAGGAGCGCGGCGAGGGCGCGGGCGCGGCGGACGAGGCGGGCGCGGGCGGCGCGGCGCAGCUGGCGCAGGCGCUGCUGGGCUUCCACGAGCUGGCGGCGGGCGUGCUGGCGCCGCGCCGCCUGGCCUACGUGCUGGGCGGGCUGGGCGCCAUGAUGUCGGCGGGCGUGGUGUGGCGCUGGCAGGGCGCGGCGGGCGGCGCGGGCGCGGGCGCGGCGCGGCUGGCCACGCUGCGCCACGCGCUGGCCGCGCUCGGCCUGCCGCACUCCGGCCUGCACCGCGCGCACGCCUACCUGCACCUGCUCAGCUGCUCGCCCAACGAAAUAAUAACGUCAGUUCGCGAGAAAGGCGCUCAGUUCACUGAACUAGAAUACCUAAAUGCAUUCAAAGUGAUCGAGACUCGCCGCGGCAUUUCUCCCGCUGAUAUGAAGAUGCACCUCAAACAACUUUCUGCUGCAUUAGGACAUGUUGGAGUUACUGUAUAGACUAGAAUAGAAAAAAAAAACAUAAUUAUGUUGUUUAAUAACAAAAUAGGCCAAGGGCCAACUGUUUAAUAAAUUUCAACACUGUAAAAAAUGUUGCAUAUUAAAGCCCGAGGCAAAAAAUCUAGUUUGCACUGUAAAACAUGUAUGCUUAGUGUGCCUUAGCAAUAUUAAUCUUAAGUAUUUAUUUAAAAGACAUUUUUUAUUUACAUAAUCAAGUAUUAAUACUUAUUUCCUUUUACUCACAUAUUAUUUGCAAUAAAAAUAUUAUGAUACAACACUAUGUUAUUUAUUUUCUUGUGCCCAAAGUUACGAC